AGUGGUGACCUCGGGCUCCUUUUCUCUUUCUGUCUGACACACACUCAACCGACGGCUAUCCGGGCUUCUGUGUCCUCCCUUCCCCGAGACGUGCUGGUCGACGCUUUAGGAGCCAGCGUGGCUGGUUUAUGAUCGGCCGUUUGGUGAAUAACGUCGCGCAGAGGGUGCCGAGCCUGGUGUACCGGGUAUAUGCAAUGAAGAAGCCGCAGGUUGUGUUCGUGCUGGGCGGGCCUGGGGCCGGCAAAGGGACCCAAUGCGCCAAAAUCGUCGAGAGCUACAACUACACCCAUCUGUCAGCUGGCGACCUGCUGAGGGCCGAACGGGCCAGAGAGGGAUCGGAGUUUGGAGUUCUCAUCGCCAACUUCAUCAAGGAAGGCAAAAUUGUCCCUGUGGAGAUCACCAUCAACUUGCUUAGAAUGGCAAUGGAAGAGACCAUGAAAAAAGAUGAACAAAAGUUUCGCUUCCUCAUAGAUGGCUUCCCCCGUAAUGAGGACAACCUUCAGGGUUGGAACAAAGUCAUGGAUGGCAAAGCAGAUGUCAAGUUUGUCCUUUUCUUUGACUGCAGCAAUGAGGUUUGCAUCAAAAGAUGUUUAGAACGAGGAAAGAGCAGCGGGCGUACAGAUGACAACAGAGAAAGCUUGGAGAAACGAAUCCAAACGUACCUGCAGUCAACACGACCGAUCAUCGAGCUGUACGAGAAGCAAGGCAAAGUGCGCUGUGUAGAUGCCUCUCACUCUGUGGCUGAGGUCUUUGCUGACGUGAAACUCAUCUUUGACAAAGAGGGUUGACUUAGGCCCCGCUGUCGCCGGCACUCAUUUUUACUCUUUUUAGUUUUUCUUUUUACCACCUGCCAUUUCGUGAUGAAAAACGUCAUAUUUAUCUCUGCAUCCAUUGGCACUUUCGGUUACCAUGUCUAUUUCUUUCUCUUGUAAAAUCUGCACUAUUGUUUUUUUUUUUUCCUUUUUGGGCCAUAGUGUACAAUGUUUAGGGUAGGAAUUAAUAAUGAAAAGCUCACAGUUAGUGACUCUGGUCCAUCCGUAUGGUCUUCCAUCGUAGUUCGGAGCGCUGUCCGUAGGGACAAAAUAUACUGUUACCAAUGAGGUGUGCUUUGCUUCACAAAUGUAUUACUGAUCUCAUUACAUUAUCGUUUUUGGCAGCAGCCGCCGUGCUUUUCAGACCAAAUCAACAAACGUACCGACGUGAGAAUUCAAAGGGAGCUGAAAUAGUUCAUAAAAUGCAUAUUUAUCCCACUGCCAAGACCACGGCCGGACGGGCCUGACCAAGUUGCGCUUUCCACGCUUCGUUACUGUACUUAGAAGUUCUGUGACUCAAAGGAGUAUGAGCAAGAUCAGAACCACUCAAUGCGCUUAAUCACGCCCACGCCUCCUGAGAUGUCUGUAUCUGCAGAAGAUAAAAAGCAGCUAUGAAAAUGUUCCUUGUUGUAUUUAUUUGCAUCUUUGUAUCUUGAGCAAUAGUACACAAAGUUGACGAACAUGACAUUCACUUAAGCCCACCUAAAGCAUACCGUGGCCCAUAUUUUUGGUGAUUGUGUUUUUGAUUUCACACUCAUUUUACACAACUUUAAAACUGGUUGCAAUAAUAAAAUUAUCGCCACCUGUUAAAUA